AUGGAUACAUUUGAGAUCUUUACAAGUUCAGCGGAGGAGACUAAACAGAUUGUAUCAGAUUUACAACAGACUGGAUGUUGUACACGAUGUAUCCUACGGCUUCUUGGGGAGUUACGCUCACUAACUUACAGGUCCUCACUUGAGGAAAUUGAAAGAGCCCUUCUUCCAGAAGACCAGCAGUCAUCUGUGACAACAAACCAAUGUCCCUGUCCAGGAUGUCUAGGCAUUCUACAGAAGUUUGCAGAGCAGCCUUUCUUGAACACAAUUGUGAAGAAAGUACGUGAAGAUGGCUACCAGUUUUCAGCCCACCAGUGCUCGCUGAUUCUACCAGUGUCUCUUGCUAUACGGCAGAAGGCUUUGCUUCUUUAUCUGCAGAAGAAGUACCCUGAUGUCUAUAAGGGGAAAGAGGGUUCCAUUGCCUCAGUGAAAGAUGUAUGGAAAUGGAGCUGUGGUCACAGAAUGGCAAGUCUGCUGAAUGCCAAGUUUCAAAACAGGAGUGAGUUUGACAUUUUGAUGACAUUCAGUUACAAAGACUCUGACAGAGAAUGUGCAUUUCUUUUAGAUGUCUUCCCAGAAACUUUCAAAAAGAGAAAACAGAGAAAGUUUGGCUUUGAGACUUUCACAAGAUCGAAUGUCAUGGCCUCCUUACAGCAAAUGGAUGGUUCUAAGUUUGAGGACUGUUCCAGUUGCCCACCACCUAUCCCUACAGAAGAUUGCAGCGUGGACAUUUCCUGCAGUCAUAAUGCUGUAUUUAUUGCAGGCAGAUACCAAAAGUACAGCAGAGAACUGAGCCAGACACCGUGGGUUGUUGAUGGGAAAAGGAUCAUGGAGGGAUCUGUACAGGAGCUGAUUUGUGAGCACAUUGUGAACACAUUCAAGCCCACAGAGCAUCGUUUCUCCUCAUCGGGACGGGAAGAUGUGGACGUGAGAAUGCUGGGAAUUGGUCGGCCAUUUGUCGUGGAGCUAAUAAACCCCCACUGUGUCACAUUUUCUAGACAAGAUAUCGCAGAUUUGCAGGAGAGAAUCAACACAGUGUCGAAGUAUGUUCAGGUCAGAGAUCUGCAGAUAGUUUCAAGGGAAGAAAUUGCCAAGCUAAAGGAAGGUGAGAUUGACAAGACCAAAACCUACAGUGCCUUAUGUUGGUGUGACAGGGAGCUGACACUAGCAGAUAUUGAGAUGCUAGCUGCCAUCAAGGAUCUGAGACUGCAACAGAAGACACCAUUGAGAGUGCUACACAGAAGGACAGCAGCAACACGAGAGAGGACUAUACAUUCUUUAAAAGCAACAAAAGAAGCCAAUAACAGAUUUAAAAUAUUGAUGAGCACACAGGCAGGAACGUAUAUCAAGGAAUUUGUGCAUGGAGAUUUUGGCCGGACAUACCCGAACAUGAGUGACCUUCUGAAAGCAGAGUGUGACAUCAUUGAUCUGGAUGUUGAGUCUGUGGACGUGGACUGGCCAGUUUUUAUUGACCCUCUGCCACAGGCCAGUGAAACAGUGGACUCUGAACGUUCUUGCAACAGUGCUGAAGACUGUCAGAUCAAAGAUGCUGGUGUCAUGUUCUGA